UGGCUGCAGUAUUUCUCUUUUCCUUGUGUAUUUCUAAUGUUAGACUGUUCUCAGCUUGUAGCUGAGCUGAAUUUCAGUACACUUAAAGGAAACGAUUUUGGUUUUGGAAAUGUCUUCAGAAGAACCCGGGACUGCGGAAUCUGGAUGGACCACAGAAAACCUACAGAGGCUUUUUACUGCAAUGAAAGCUUGUUUAGCAAACCGUGGGAGGAGGAGCGGCUACCUUGCUGGACUGAAAGCUGUAGACUGGAAUAAAGUGACGUUUCCUCCUUUCUCUGCCGAGGAAUGCCAGCAGAAGUGGAUGGAGGUGAUGGCCAAGAUCCGCAAGACUCGGUCCCUUACGGAGCUCAUAGUUGAAGCUGAAGAUGUUAUUUUGACCCUUGACAAGUACCAUCCGAAGAAACCUGCUCCUCCAAAUGCUACUUUCUUUAAGGAGAACGCUGCCAAGUUCAAAAAAGAACACCCAGAAAUGAACGCACAACAGCUUUUGAAGAUUUCAAACGAGAAAUUCAAAAUGCUUCCAGUUGAGGAGAAGGAUAUGUAUAAAAAGAAAUGCACCCUCAUAACUGAAGAAUACCAAGACCAGAAACAGAAGUUUUGUGAACAAAACCCAAGCUAUCCAUCUGUGUCAAAAACAUGGCAGAAAAAAAAGAGAAAAGUCCGUGCAGAUAAGGAAGGUGGUGCGAAUGAAGAAGAAGGCUUCCCUCCCAAACCCCCUAACAAUGGCUUUGUAUUGUUCUGCAAGGAGCAACGUUCAUCCACCAGGGGUCGUAAAGGUCAAAAAUCCCAGCAUAUUAAGGAGUGGGGCCGACUCUGGCGAGAAAUGAGUCCAAACCAGAAGGCGACAUACAUUAGACGUUCCAAUGAGAUGAAGAAGGAAUACAAAACCAAGCUGUGUUUAUAUGUAGAUAGGUUUGAUGGAAAGAAACGGCAACAGAUCCUCAGAGAGAAUGACAUCAACUUAGAUACAAUGAAGUUGAAAGAGGUGAGAUGUGGGGAAGUACUGCCCAAUGAGCCCAAGAUGCCGCCCAAAUCUGGGAGUGUAAUUUUCUGUCAACGUCAGAUGGAAAUUAUGAAACAUAAGAUCCCAAUUACCCAAGAGCGCUUCGGCAUGGUUAACAAAAUGUGGAGUCAUCUCCCUGCCGUGGAGAAAGAGCAGUAUAACAAUGAAGUGAAAGACAAGAAGAGAAAAUACACAGAAGAGUUACGGAACUGGUUUAAGACGUUGACACCACAACAGCAGAGAGAAUAUCAGGAAUCCAACCCCAGAAAAGCCAAACACCUCCAGGCAAAGCAGGGAAACAUGGAAUUGGAAGAACUACAUUUAAACCUUCCAUCGAAACCCCAAUACUUCCAGGCAAAGCGGGGAAACAUGGAAUUGGAAGAACUACAUUUAAACCUUCCAUCGGACUCAGAAGAUGAAUUGAUUGAGAUCAGCAGCAGUGAGGAAGAGGGAAACUUCAUUACCUUUUGUGUGGGGGAAGACGACGACGAGGAUUGCUAUGCGGAUGACAUCAUGUUUGAGAUUUAAUGAUGAUGGAGAAGAAAAAAAACUGCAGAACUGGGAAAGAUGACCUUACGGACACGUAGUUUGACUUGCUGGGAGAAGUCUGCCACUGCUGUGUUCUUUUGUGCAGUGUUCAAGGCUGGAUCUAAGAAAAAGAAGAUAGACUUUGAAAUAAUCCAAAGCAUGUCGCACACAGCCUGCACUUUCCAGCUUUCAGCCUGGAAGCCCUCUGCAGGGACUGUACCGUAAGGGCUGAUUUUUAUAUAUAUAUAUAUAUAUAUAUAUAUAUAUAUAUAUAUAUAUAUAUAUAUAUAUAUAUAUAUAUAUAUUUGAGUUGGGUGGAGGAAACCAGAAGGCCUGGAGAGAAACUCUGCAGCCUCUGGUUGGACGUACAAACUCCACCUAAAGACUCCAGAGACUCAGACAUGACUGUCCUGCUGCAGCUGGCCAAUCCAACCACGCUGCUGCACUUCUUCAUGUUCCAUUUAUAUGGGGGUUUUAUCUACAUUUUAUCUUUAUUCUACUUUGUCUUUUGAGCAUUAAUGAACAUCAAUGCAUUUUAUAUGUUGGAGUUAAAUAUCUGAAGGUCAUAAUUAAACUGAAAUAUAAAAGAAAAAGAGACUAAAAGGAUAUUUUAUGAAAUGCAGAAGUGCAUUUUCUCUCUUUUUGGUGUUUACUUUACUGUAGAGGCCUUUGAAAUCAAAUGGAAUGUAAUAAUACAACGAAUUAUCAAGAUUUUUCUUAUGGGGUUUGUAUAGAAUAAAGUAUAUUCAUUUUAAUGUUCAAUCACUUUACACAGAACAGUGGGAGGAAGUUUUAAUGAUGCAAAGUAAAU